GUCACGGGAUCAGGUAGAAGAGCUAGAGUUAGUAGUCAGUAGCGCCGCCGGCGAGCGAUCGAGCGAUGACGACGUACAGGGUGUGCUGCUUCCUCCGGCGGUUCGGGGCGGCGUCGAGCGAGCCGUCGGAGGAGCUCGGGGACGUGUUCCAGGCGUACGCCGGCGGCGGCGGCGCGAUGGGGGAGGAGGCGCUGAGGCGGUUCCUCAGGGAGGUGCAGGGGGAGGCCGCCGGCGAGGAGCUGGAGGCGACGGCGAGGGAGGUGAUGGCCUUCGCGGCGGAGCAGCGGCUUCUCAGGAAGGGCGGCGCCGGCGGCGGGCUCACCGUGGAGGGCUUCCACCGCUGGCUCUGCAGCGACGCCAACGACGCGCUCGAUCCUCGCAGACGGGUAAACCAGGAGAUGGGGAUGCCGCUGUCGCACUACUUCAUCUACACAGGGCACAACUCGUACCUGACGGGGAACCAGCUGAGCAGCGGGUGCAGCGAGGUGCCCAUCGUGAAGGCCCUCCACGAUGGCGUCCGCGUCAUCGAGCUCGACCUCUGGCCCAACGCCGCCAACGACGCCGUCCACGUUCUCCACGGCAGGACACUGACGUCGCCGGUGGACGUGAUGAGAUGCCUGGAGGCCAUCAAGGAGCACGCGUUCAUGGCCUCUCCCUACCCCGUCAUCCUCACCUUGGAAGACCACCUCACUCCCGACCUCCAAUCCAAAGUCGCCAAGAUGAUCAAGGAGACGUUCGGCGACAUGCUCUACACCUGCGAGACCGAGAGCAUGGCGGAGUUCCCUUCGCCCGACGACCUCAAGGGCAAGAUCAUCGUGUCGACCAAGCCGCCCAAGGAGUACCUCCAGACCAAGAACGCCGCCGCUGUCGCCGACGACGAGAGCGUCUGGGGGGAGGAGAUCACCGACGACAGGGCCUCCGCCAAGCCGGCGGCGGAGGAAGCGGUCGACGAGGAGCAGGAGGCAGAGACGGACAAGAAGACGCAACAAGGGGUGGACAACGAGUACCGGCGGCUCAUCGCCAUCCCUCUCACGAGGAGGAAGCACGACAUGGAGAAGGACCUCAGGGUGGAUCCCGACAGGGUGGCGCGGCUCAGCCUGGGGGAGAAGGCCUACGAGAAGGCCAUUGUCACCCAUGGAGCUCACAUUAUCAGGUUUACGCAGAGGAACUUGCUGAGGAUAUUCCCUCGGUCGACGCGCAUCACGUCUUCUAACUACAAUCCUUUGAUGGGUUGGAGGUAUGGAGUUCAGAUGGUUGCUGCAAACAUGCAGGGACAUGGAAGAAAACUAUGGCUGACUCAAGGGAUGUUCCGCGCAAACGGGGGUUGCGGCUACGUGAAAAAGCCGGAUAUUCUGAUGAACAACGAUGCAGACAAACUGUUUGAUCCUACAUCCAAACUACCAGUGAAGACCAGGCUGAAGGUGACAGUAUACAUGGGAGACGGAUGGCGAUUCGACUUCCGCAAGACGCAUUUUGACAGAUUCUCACCCCCGGAUUUCUAUGCAAGGGUUGGGAUAGCGGGAGUAGAAGCAGACACGAGGAUGGAGCAGACGAAGGUGAAGAUGGACACGUGGGUUCCGGCAUGGGACCACGAGAUGGAGUUCCCGCUGAGCGUGCCGGAGCUGGCGCUGCUCCGGGUGGAGGUGCACGAGUCCGACAACCACCAGAAGGACGACUUCGCCGGCCAGACCUGCCUGCCGGUCUGGGAGCUCCGGCCAGGGAUUCGCUCCGUCCGGCUCUGCAACCACAACGGCGAGCCCCUCCGCUCCGUCAAGCUCCUCAUGCGCUUCGACUUCACCUAACACACCCCUCCUCCUCCUCCUCUUCUUCGUCGUCGUCAUCAUCGUCGGCCGGCGUGUACACAAAGUUCAGAACUUUUCUUUUUUUGGUGUUCGACGUGUGCAUGGUUUUGUCUGAAACUGAAGGUGUGAAUUGUAGAUUUGUAUGUACUCCCUCCAUAUUUUUAUGUAUGAUAUCGUUGACUUUUAGGAUUACGU